AUGGCAUCAACUCCUCACUCCCGUGCCUACAGGAAAGUCUCUAAAGCGUGCCAGCGUUGUCGGCGCCAGAAACUCAAGUGCGAUAAUCAACGCCCAUGUGUGCCGUGUACUCGGACAGGUGUCGAUUGUCGCCCUCCUUCACCAGAGAAAUGGAAGAUCUAUGGUACCUGCAUGAGCUCAGCACUCGACCCUCAACCCAAGAGAGCCCGAAUGGGCGACCCCCCACCCGAAAACAAUCAGUCUCAAGACAAUGGUGACAUUUCACGGCAUGGGGAUGACUCAAACAGUAUCAUAUUGGAGGAUGGAAGCGCUCAAGCGAAUGACCAAAUAGCGGAUAACAGCGACCGACCGUGGCGAUCUAGCUCUACGAUGUCUCUAGCCUUUAGGUUUUAUAACGCAAAUAGUCCUGGGUUUUCAGUGACAGCUGCCAUUGCUAGAGAGCAAAGAAACUUUGUCAGCUCAGGAGAAAGACUUCCGAAUGAAGGACCAGGGACAGCUUUCGAGAAUGCGUCAACUCUCAAUCCUAGUAACGAAAAGUUAGGCACUAUUCGAGGAGUAGCACACUCAUCUAGACUGGCUGUCUCUGACCUGCUAGAGCUGCUUCCGGAUUUCGGAGUUGCCGCUUUACUUGUCGAUACUUACUUCGAUCGAGUCCAUUGGUUCAUGCUCAUAUUCCACCAGGAUGAAUUCCGGAAACGGUGGCAGAAUCUAUAUGAAAUUGCCAACAACCGAACAGCACUGAAAAAUUCAGAUAUAGGCUUCCUCAGUGUAUUUCUCAUGGUGAUCGCCAUCGCCAUGCAGUACGUCGGUACCCAUAGAAAGCGCCUACUGGCCAGGCGUAAUUUCGAUUACGAAAAGUUUGGAGGGCGUAUUUUUGCCGCUAUUAGAUCCAAGUUGUUAGAUAUCGUCUCCUUGGAGUCCCUAGAGGCCGUGCAGACCUGCGUCUUAUUGGGGACAUAUUAUCUCUUCCAUGGGUCUCCUGGGCUAGCAUGGCCAGUGUGUGGCUGUGGGUUACGCAUUGCCCAAGCUCUAAACUUGCAUCGGAAAAUCUCUCGCAGUGGAUCGGACUCAGCCCUUUCGGUGGAUCUGCGAAAUCAAAACGAAACCAGAAAGCGUUGUUGGUGGGCUAUCUACGAAAUCGAGACCUUCUGCUCCAUGUCAUACGGGUAUCCGCAUAGCAUCAAAGACACUGAUUGUGAUGUGGAGCCUUUGGAUCCAUCUGCAAAAUUGCAGUUUGUUCAAUCACCCACAUCGUUCGACGAACCAUUGAAAUGCGAUGUUACGUUGCUGUCUUACAAAUAUUUCAUGUCUAAGUUGUCUGUGCUUAUCAAGGCAAUCUUGGCCGAUCUCUAUGGGAUUGGCUCGGUUUCUAAUGUUGAAAAUCCAACCUCCUCAGUCGGCUCAACUGAUGAUCUACGUUGUCUCAUGAAGCAGGUUGUGGGGUUCGACACUAAGUUACGAUUAUGGAAUGCAGAAAUCCCUUCGAGAUUGCAGUUUAGAGGAAACACCGGCGUCCAGACUAGCUAUUCCUCACUAGAUGACAUGGACACAGACAUCGGGGCUUCUAGUCCUCGCUUUGAAGAACAUAUUUUUCAGCUACAGGCAUUGGCCCUCAAGCUCGCAUAUGAAAAUACCAGGAUACUUGUCCACCGGCCACUGCUUUCAUACAAAUUAGUAAGUAAGCAGAAAUCAACGCAACCUACAGCGCCCUCUUGGGAUGCUCUGGAUUACGCAGAUCCUUUUCUCCUCUCCCUAAAAUCUUGUCGCGAGGCGGCUUUGAAUACGUCCGAAAUUGCCUGGAUGCCAAUAUCGGGGUUAGUUUCUGGAACCUAUGCAGCGACAUUUGUUAGUAUUCAUGCUUUCACCUCCGGAGUCACACUUGGUAUACUCAGUAGUGUUGAGCCUCUAAGCCAAGAAUCCCAUGAGUCGAAAAGUGGGUUGCAUCGACUAAUGAAUAUACAAACGAGGCUAAAAGACCGUUCCCCGUCAGCUGUGCAAGGUCUAGAAAUCCUCCAGCGGCUAACAAGACAUGUCAUGGAGAAAGAAUUAAACGCCAUGCUAGACAUUUCUCGGCCGUUGAAAUCUAAAAAUCUAAUAGCUGGUACAAGUUCUUACGGAUCUAACUCACCUACUCCCCGUCAGACUGUUCCGCCUGCUGAAUUACAGCAAUUCGUGCAGUUAUCACCCAGUGCUACUCAGCAGCCCAGUGUAGAACCUAGCUCGCAAAAUGCUUCUGAUUUACUGUCUGGGGCGGAAUCUACCAGAAAUAUCCCUUCUCUUCAAAACGGAACAGAUUAUGCAUUGUCGCAAGAGGUGUCCGAACUAGAUCAAGUCAUGCCAACCUCAACAAUUCAAUUCGAAUCACAACUAGAACAAACAUUCAUAGACUCCUCCCUAGAUUGGCUUGCCACAGAUGAUUUUUCCGGGUGUGAACAGGCGUGGAUAUGGUGUUUAGAUAACCGGGCCUUUGCAGAUUGA